AUGUGCAUAUCUACUAUCGGUUCUCGUGUCGAUUUCGAUCGACGGAGGAGCGGCACGAGACCGGAUCAUAUAUCGCGACGAGUCACCAGUGAAAGGGGAGCCCGCCCGGGUUCGACUCCGUUGCCGUGUGCGAGCUCGGCGUUGGUUGGUUCUGCCGCCAGGGCCACGAGGGCGCUGCAGAUGGCGCUGUACGUGUCGCCCGGGUUCUCGCGGGCGGCGGACGCGCACCUGCGGCUGGCGCUGAUGUUCAAGGCGCGCCGCCACUGGGCCGCCGCGGCGCUGCACUUCCGCCGCGCCCGCCUGGCGCCCCACCAGGACGCGACCUUCACCAGGCUCGAGCUGAGCUUCCACGCUGCCCAUCUGUUGGAGGCGCGCGGCCUGAGGAAGUCGGCCCGCGACGCCUACGAACGCCUCCUGAAGGAGCCGCAGCUCUCCUCGGCCCUGAAGGCCGACGUGUGCCGGCAGCUCGGCUGGCUGUACCACCGGUGCGUUUCGCUGGGCGAGGCUCCCGCCCGCGCCCGAGCGGCGGUGUGGUGCCUGCAGCGGGCGGUCGCCGCCGAGCCGGACUCGGGCGCCGGGCUGUACCUCCUCGGGAGGUGCUUCGCCGCCCAGGGCAAGGUGCACGACGCGUUCAUCGCAUACAGGAACUCCGUGGAGAAGUCUGAGGGCAACGCGGACACGUGGUGCUCCAUUGGGGUUCUUUACCAGCAACAGAACCAGCCUAUGGACGCGUUGCAAGCGUACAUCUGCGCGGUGCAGCUGGACAAGGGCCACUCGGCCGCAUGGACGAAUCUCGGCAGUUUGUACGAGAGCUGCCAGAUGGCGCGCGACGCGUUCGCCUGCUACAGCAACGGCGGCUCGGCCGCGGUCGCCGCCCACGCCCCGCUGAGGCAGCGGCUCGCCUUCCUGAGGGCGCACUUGGCGCACGCGCCGAUGCCGUCCGUGACGGGCAAACGCCGCCAGCUGCCGUCCAUAGAGGAGGCGUGGAACCUGCCCAUAUCGGCGGAGAUGUCGUCGCGCGCGCCCAAGUCCGCCCCCCCGCCCUACCCGGGCAAGAGGAGCGAGGAGCCACCGCCGCUGAACCACCAGCAGCUGCAGACGCUCCAGUACCUGCAGCGGAACUCGCACAACUUGUCGCCGCAGCAACAAGCGCUGAUGCAGCAGUUGCUCUCUCAAUACCGGCUGGCGCAAGCGGCGAGGGCGCGUGCGGUGACGAAGAGCGAAGGUAGCAAUGCGAGCGGAGGCGAGAGCGCGGAGUCUCUCGCCGAGGAUUUGCUGAAGAGGUUCUCAGACUCUCAGCCGGACAUCAAGAAGGAACCGACAACAGAAAAUACGAGUAGUGGUAGCAGCAGCAGCGAGGCGGUGCUCGGUGGCCGGCAGCCCGUCGUGAAAUUGGAACCAUUGAAGACUGAUCCACUGAAGCCCGUCGCCUUCAAUAUCGGCAUGAGCUCCAAGAACAUACUCGACGCGUGCAAGGAGAACGCUGGUCCGCCGACGGCGUGGUCGGUGCUGGGCGACGGGUGCGGCGCCCCGGAGCCGCCGGCCGUGCCCUCGCCGCGCCUCUCCGCCGAGCAGCUGGCGCCGCCCGCGCCCUUCGUCUACGUGGAGUCGAAGCGGGACGCGUUCUCGCCGCAGCUGCAGGACUUCUGCCUGAAGCACCCGAUCGCCGUGGUGCGCGGCCUCACCUCCGCCCUCAAGCUCGACCUCGGCCUCUUCUCCACCAAGACGCUGGUGGAGGCGUGGCCCGACCACGCGGUGGAGGUGCGCACGCAGCUGAUGCAGUCCGCCGACGAGAACUGGGACCCAACGGGGCGCCGCCGCGUGUGGGCGUGCGCCUCGCACCGCUCGCACACAACGGUGCGCAAGUACGCGCAGUACCAGGCGGGCUCCUUCCAGGAGUCGCUGCGCGAGGAGCGCGAGCGCGGCGCCGCGCCCCACCACUCCGCCGGCGGCACCCUCUCCGACUCGGAUGGGCGCGAGUCGGGCGGGCCCGUGAAGAGGCGCAAGGGCGCGCGCAUGCUGCGCUUCGGCACCAACGUGGACCUCUCCGACGAGCGCAAGUGGCGGCCCCAGCUCACCGAGCUGCAGAAGCUGCCCGCGUUCGCGCGCGUCGCCUCCGCCGCGAACAUGCUCUCGCACGUCGGCCACGUAAUCCUCGGCAUGAACACCGUCCAGCUGUACAUGAAGGUGCCCGGCAGCCGGACGCCCGGCCACCAGGAGAACAACAACUUCUGCUCGAUCAACAUCAACAUCGGCCCCGGCGACUGCGAGUGGUUCGGGGUGCCGGACGCGUACUGGGGCGGGGUGCGCGAGCUGUGCGACCGCCACGGGCUGUCGUACCUGCACGGCUCGUGGUGGCCCGACCCGGAGGAGCUGCGCGCCCACGGCGUGCCCGUGUACAGGUUCACGCAGCGCCCCGGCGACCUCGUGUGGGUGAACGCCGGCUGUGUGCACUGGGUGCAGGCCACCGGCUGGUGCAACAACAUCGCCUGGAACGUGGGCCCGCUCACCGCGCGCCAGUACUCGUUGGCGCUGGAGCGCUACGAGUGGAACAAGGUGCAGAACUUCAAGUCGAUCGUGCCCAUGGUGCACCUGACGUGGAACCUGGCGCGCAACAUCCGCGUGUCGGACCCGCGGCUGCACCGCGCCAUGCGCACGUGCCUCAUGCAGACGCUGCGUGCGGCGGCCGGCACGCUGAACGCGGUGCGCGCGCGCGGCGUGCCGAUCCGCUUCCACGGGCGCGCGCGCGGCGAGGCGUCGCACUACUGCGGCGCGUGCGAGCGCGAGGUGUGGCACGCGCUGCUGGUGCGCGAGCACGAGCGCCGCCACGUGGUGCACUGCCUGGCGUGCGCGCGCCGCGUCAGCCCCACGCUCGCCGGCUUCCUCUGCCUCGAGGAGCACCACACGGAGGAGCUGGCGCAGGUGUACGACGCGUUCACGCUGCACCGCGCCGCCACGCCGCUCGCCGCCGCGCAGGCGCCCACGACGGUGCCCACGCCGGAC